CACAGUGGAUGUCGAGGGUGCAACAGGUCAGCACCUCAGGAGUAAAUGUCAGUUGGCUUUUCAUAGCCGAUCAUUCAGAGUAUCUCUACCGCUCCUGCUGUCUCUAGAGGGUUGAAAACAGCAAGAGUCCGGCACAGUUUCAAAGCCAGGUGUGUAGUGACCAACCAUUCAUACUGGGAUAUAGACAGUCCUGUGUUCUGCUUUAGUAAUAUAAACACAGUCUCAAAGCCAGGUGUGUACUGACCAAGCAUUCAUACUGGGAUAUAGGCAGUCCUGUGUUCUGCUUGUAGUCAUGCAGGAUUUUAGCUGGUGUCAUAUUUUGUCAAUACAGUUUAAUUGAUAAAUAACCAGCAUUUCAUGUAACAUUGAAUAAAUACAUUAGAUGAGUUACUUUGGUUAAUGGGCCAGUUUCCCAGACACAGAUUAAGUAUAGUCCUGGACCUUAAAGAACUUUCUAUUGAAACUUCCAUUGAGUCCAGCACUAGACUCAAUCUGUGUCCAGGAAACAGGCCCCAUAUGUAUUACUGACAUGCUUGUCCUUGUUCAGGACUCCACACACUGGCUUCAGAUUGAACCCUUGACUUCCACUGUCCAGGGAGUGACAAUGUUCAGACACAGGACACCCAAAGGGAGUUAUGAGUGCACAGUGUCUGGGCUCCGCUGGCUGUGUGAGAGAGAUGUCAUUCUGAAGUAUCACUUCAGGAACUGGGAACCCUACAGUCAACUUCUGAAAGACAUGCAGUACGCACAAGGUGGUCCAUUGCUGGACAUCACUAUGGAGUUGGGUGAACUGGAGGAAGUUCAUCUGCCACACUUUGUCUGUUUAGGGACCAACCCUUCCCUGAGGAAUGAGAUGAAGAUUCUUCAUGCAGAGGAACAUGGAGUGUCUUUAGAGGAAGUGCAUGAGGUUACCAGAUUCCAUGUUAAGAUUCUCCAUCCCAAGUUCUCACCUAUCGCUCUGAUACUGAGAUUACUGUCUUGGAACGUAGAUGUCCACUGUGAGCUGAUGCUCUAUCUGACAGUGAAAGGGGAAACAUUAAUUUCUCGCCUGUACCUGUUCCCAUGGAACCCUGGCCAAAUACAGGCGGUGGAACUACAGGAGAAGUCUCACGGGUCUUCAAGGAUUCUCAUCUCCAGACCAGAGCAGUCCUUCAAACUAUAUAGUUUCUUCAGACUGAACAUUCCCUGUUCUACCUCCAUCAAUCCACAGAAGAUUCAUCUCAUACAAAGAGACACCACACCAAGCUUUUUCAAGGCGAUCGUGAAAAUAACAGGGAUUGACAUUGAGAUGGAGUUAUUCGGUGAUGAUGAGAGGACAGCAUGGAAAGAGAAAGUAUCACGAUAUGAAUACAUCACUGACACCUGUUCAACAAGUGCUGUGUCGGGGGCAGGAGGUCCGGCUGAGAGCAGUCUGACUGGUUCUGCUGAGCAGCAGCUGCGUUCUGUACGGACAGAGUUUGUCAAACAAGUAUCAAGACCUGUCCUGAAUGAACUGCUGGACAGACUCCUGCAACACACAGUCAUCCACCAGGAGGAAAUGGAGUCAGUGAAGGUGAUCGCUGAGAGGGCAGAGAAGGCACGUGACAUCAUCGACAUGGUGUUGAGAAAAGGAACUGAGUCAUGUUCCAGGAUGAUCAACCUUCUUGGGGAGCUGGACCCCAAUCUUUGGUCACAGCUUCAGAUCAGUGUUGGGGUACCAACCGAAUGGUAGAAUGGAUAGUAACAGUGUUGGGGUACCAACCGAAUGGAUAGUAACAGUGUUGGGGUACCAACCUAAUGGUAGAAUGGAUAGU